ACUGCACCUGUGUGUUUAGAUAUUAAUUGUUAUAACUAUAAUUGUCGAAAGUGUCAGCAUGUAACAUUGCAUUGUUAUGAAAAUACAUAUAAAUAGUGCGAAAAAAUUAAUCUUAAAGGACAUUACCGUCCGACCAUAUGCCCAGAUUACAGUUAUCAUUCUAUGGAUGUAUACGGUCGAGAAUAUUUAAAGACUAAAACACAUUCUCUUUCCACGUUGGUAAGAGCUGCAAAAUUUUGUGGGAAUGUAAAUCAUGAAGUAUGACUGGCUGGCGUACAUAAUGUUUGUGAAAGCGAAAUUUAUGCAAAAUUGUAAAACAAGAGAACGCUAUUGUGAAUCAAAGUUAUGAAAUAAAUUGAACACGUAUAUGAACAUUAAUGCUUUUGGAGUAAUUUACUAAUUUUAUUGCGACGGCAGUAACAUUAAAGGAAACUAGAAGAGGUUGAAGCUGAGUUUAAUACAAAUGCUUAAUCAACAGACAUUUGAUGUAGACACAAGACAAAGUCAUGGGCUGUGAAAAUCGUCGGUGCAACUGAGGGGUACGGAGGUACAAUAGGGACUUAAGUGCUGUGCAACACAAGAAUUUCUAUUGUGUUCUGUGUCAUACUGCAAAACCAGUGGUCGCCACUCGAAGAUCAUUUAUUUAAUAUCUUGGCAAACUAUAGUUUGGUAUUCCUUGCAUGCCAUUGUGUCCUCAGAUAUAUAGAUCCUUAGCUGUGUCUUUACUCAGUCUCUUAUUCUCACUUCUGUCUCAAAUUUGAUUAAGAAAGUUUGCGUUUAGAAAAUACAAAAACGAAAGACAAACUCGUUCGGCUGAAGUUCACUCCCGGGAAUACUUCUCUUGAGAAAGUCUUAAUGCAAUAGUGUGUGAAUUUCCUGGAUAAAAACGAGACAUCUGGAAACGCAAUUUUCUGGAUAGGAUAAACCAUGUGACAGUAGCUAAUGGAAACAAAAUAUGAGGCAGUUAAGACAUGUUUUGUCCAAAAUGAACCUUUUCUGAGACAUUAUAGCUAAAACAAUAUUUUCUAUAGUCUUCGUUAUACGAUUUGUAUACGUUGUAGUGUACCAAACCUGGACGGAAACUCUAGGAAUGUUUAGUUUACGGGUUACUUUAUUGGCCCUGGGUACUCUGAUGACCCGGACUUGGGCUCUGUACGAAUACUACGACGCAGGCGCGGGGUAUGUCAGCGACUACAGUGAUUGGGGGACCCUCGGCGGCCGCGCCCACCAGCCCAAGUGCGUGGACAUUCCCGAGACGAUGCGGCUGUGUCAUGACAUCGGCUAUAAGACGAUGCGUCUGCCGAACUUGCUUGGCCACGAGUCCGUGCAGGAAGCGGUUGACCAGGCGCGCGUCUGGGUGAUGUUGCUAAAUCUCCACUGUCACCCAGACACCAAGCUUUUCCUUUGCUCCCUCUACUCGCCCGUGUGCCUCGAGCCGUCCGUCUACCCGUGCAGGUCGCUCUGCGAGGGGGUCCAGAACGGCUGCGAAGGCCGCAUGAAUAACUACAACUACCCCUGGCCAGAGAUCCUUCGCUGCGACCAAUUUCCGGAGGAGCUUUGCAUUGAACAAGUCAACUUUGAAAGUGGUAGUGGCGCGAACACCACAACGGCAGCCAACGUGUGCCAUGCAUGUAAGCAGCCAAUGACAUUCGAGAGCCUGCUGGACAGCUAUUGCUGGGCCACCUUUGUUGUUAAAAUAAAGAUGAAGAAAGUAGAAAUCAAUGACCUGGGAGACAAAAUACUUGAACCUAAAGGGAAAGUCAAAUUCUACAAACCAAUACCGAAUAACAUGACCAAGGCAGAAAUGAAAGCCCUCCGAUUCAGCAUUACAGACGGAGCAAGGUGCGAUUGUGAAACGUUGGAAAACAAGAAAAGUAGAAAGCUGAUCAUGGGGGCCAAACAGGGCUCUCGCUUUGUGAUAACUUACGUUAGCGAAUGGACAAAGAAUAAGGAAUUUAAAAGGGCCAUUAAGGCCAUAAGAAAGGGACACGACUGCAAGCAGCAGAUCGAGAAAGAAAUAGGGGGACAAAACGAAAAUAACGGAGGUCUGAGUAUAAGUGGUAAACCACAUUCCCAGUCGGGUGAAGUGGAUGUGAGCAUUGACGGUGGAUUUGAGGUACCUGACACAGGUGGAAAGGACCAGAAUAGAAACAAACGAAAGAAUAAGAAAGACAAGGGAAAUAAAGGAAAGAAGAAAAAGAAGGACAAGAAGGGCAAAAAGGACAAGAAGGACAAGGACAAAGAAGAUGACCCUAUGGCCAAUAUUGCUGGAAUCGGUUGUAUACCAUGUAAGCAGCCAUUAGUUUUCGAAAAUCUUAUCGAAAAAUUCUGCGCUGCUAAUUUUGUUACAAAGAUACAAGUGAGGAAGGUGAAAAUGGAUAGCAACGGUGAUAAGAGGCUUCAGCCAAAGAGAUUGAAGACAAGUGAUUUCUAUAAACAAAAAGACCUUUCUAAAAGAGACAUUAAGCGUCUACAACCAGUAAUAAGCGGUGGGUCCGGUUGUGACUGCAUCCAGGCUAAACGUAAAAAUACACUAUUUGUUAUGGGCACCAAACAGGGCGGCCGGGAUGUUAUUACGUUCCUUAGUGAGUUUGUGAAAGACAGUGAGUUUACAAGGUUUACCACAGAAAUUGAAAAUGGAUAUGAUUGCUCUAGUGUUGUACAAACAGAAUAAGGUUGUUGGUAGUCUCAGACGUCAAUUUAGCCACGGACGCCAAUUUAGACAUAUUUUAUAUGCGGUUGUGACAGAAUACCAGAUGCUAUUACAUAUGGGUGAAACUAAUUUGUUUGUGAAGUGAACCGGUAGUUACAAAUGUCUUUUAUAUAGAUAGAAAGACAGUGGGUUAGGUUGGUGUUAGCAGUUGACAUAGACUGUCAACAAAUCAACAUUAACUUUGUGACACAGACUUUGGAAACAAACAAUGUAUGUUGAAACUAUACAUUUUAAUGCAUAAACAUUUUGCAUUCUUCUACGUACAUAUGUAUACCAUGUUUAAAAGACUCAUCACGAAGCUGAGAUAUAGGCUUGUGUCUAUUUCUGUUACGGAUAUGGCAGAUAGAGUAUUACUGUUCUUUCAUUUGUACAGAUAUGAAUGAUGCGAAGGUGUGUGUGUAUAUUUGGCAUUUUCUUUAACUCGUUGUUACGUAUAUUCUACAAUGCUUCCCACAGGCAGGGCCCAUCAUCACCAACGUCUUGACGUUUGAACUCUCAAAAUUGUAAUUCUUGAGGGGUUUUUGUAAAAAGAAUCAGAAAAGUAUUAAUCAUGCCUAUUGAUGUAUAUGUUACAUAUGACAAGUUUUACCAUUAUUAAUUUUAACGUUUUAGUUUAUACUAAUUUCUUUUAGCUCGUUUGUGAUGAACGCUGAUAGCUUAUAGAAUCACCCUCGAGUCCGUUUCUUUGGAAGAAACCAGUACUGAUGUCCAUUUUGAGAAAGUACCACUUUUGGGGGUCGAACCCACAACCUCUUGGGUGAAAGGGGGACACCUCUUCCACUAGACCACUCUUACCACAUUGUUAACGUUUUUGGCAAAAAUAUUUUAUUCAUGUCUUUUUUCUUAAAUUUAUAGAUUCACAUUCCUAAAUGUUAUUAAAGUCAGACUUAAAACGUUAGUAUUUGGGCCCUGUGUUAAGACGUCCAGUUGGAAGUGUUUUUUUUUAAUGUGAUGACCGAUGGCGGGCGGAUGGCUGGACGGGUGGUCGUCUCGACCAACGCUCUAUUACUCGACACUAUUCGACCCGAUCUUUAUGUAACUGGAUAUGUGAUGAUAUUUGCUAGAAAAAUAAUGUAAAUACUUUAACUGAAAAAUAAUGAUUUAGGUCUUUGGUCUAUUUCAACGGCAUUGUUUGCUAAAAUAUCAAAUCACUUCUGGUCUCUGUGAAGUGCUAAAGUAGAAAAUCGCUUUUGUUGGGCGGUUUGUUAUUAGUUUGUCAUGUCAAAAGAAGCAAUUUGACACAAAUGACGCAGCUGACAAGCGUGUAGUUUUCCUAAUGUGUUAUUCAUUUCUUACUUGUCAUAAGUUUAGCUGUUUUUGUGUAUAUGAUAUUGAUAUGCGACGAAGACAUGUAUUGUGCUAUUUUAAUAGCUUUUCUCAUACACGAUGCUUUGUUACAAAAAAAUAUUGUUUCGUUUUUAAAAAAACUUUAUUUCAUAUGUAGUGACUAUGUUAGUAGAAUUUGAUAGGUCGUACUGGUAUGUGCAGGAAACGUAUAAAACUGGCAACAUUUUAUUGUUUAGACAAGCAUUUAGAUAGCACGUGUAUAACUUGUCAAAUGUUAUAAAAUCGACAUUCAGCCAAAAUAUUUAUUAAAAAUGAAUGCUUUUUUAACAGAAAUAGGCAAUUUCAGUUUUUUAAUUAUCUGUUUAUGUGUAUUAUACGAUCGAAUGUUCUUCGCUAAGCUCGAAUUUCUCGGUCAGUUCGAGCCAUGUAAUUCUACGCAUGCUUGCGUUUUAAUUUUUGUUAUUUUUAUCUCUUUCUAAAACAUGCGUAGUAUAAUGGAAAGGUGUACACUUUAAGUCUGAACUUCUUCAAAAUACGUGUUUAAGAUACUGUAUAAGAGAAAAAACAAAUAAAAACGGUAUCGUUGAUAACUCCUGAUUUACUGGUAAAGUAAAAAAAGCAGAAACAAAAAAAUGUUUUGAUUUGUUCGUUUCAUUUUGUCUUGAACUAAAAAUAAAUUAUUGAAUUUAGAA